UGGCAGGUAUGUGGAUGUUUCGACAGUUGAUGGGGCCACUUCUAAGUUUAUUAGUGGUCGUAUCCAGGGUACUGGAGCACUAUUUUUGGAGAUUUCGUGAAACUAUUUUGAUGAGCAAAUGCAUUUCCUCCAGGCUCCUGUUUCAGGCUCCAAAAAGCCUGCCGAAGAUGGGCAAUUGAUCUUUCUCACAGCAGGUGACAAAGCUCUGUAUGAGAUGGUUGCUCCAUUUCUUGACAUCAUGGGAAAGUCAAAAUUUUACCUUGGCGAUGUUGGAAAUGGAGCUGCUAUGAAACUUGUUGUCAACAUGAUCAUGGGAAGUAUGAUGGCAUCAUUUUCUGAAGGAUUACUCCUUAGCGAGAAAGUAGUGGAUCCUAAUAUACUUGUAGAGGUGGUGUCACAGGGAGCCAUUAGUGCACCUAUGUACUCAGUCAAAGGUCCUUCGAUGGUCCAAUCCCAGUAUCCCCCGGCGUUUCCUUUGAAGCAUCAGCAGAAGGUUUGUAAACUUGUAAGGACAACCCUCAACUGAAAUAGAAUCUG